AUGGGGAGGCCCAAGUUGCAUCUGCUGGUUUUCGUGGCAGCGGCGGCGGCGGUGAUCGGGCUCGCCGGAGCAAACUUCCGGGACGAGUGCGACAUCCCUUGGGAGCCCCAGAACGCCAGGUUCACCGACGACGGCAGCGGCCUCUCGCUCUCCCUCGUCAGCAACUACUCAGGCUGCAUGCUGCGGACAAAGAAGCAGUUCAUCUUCGGGAGCGUGUCCACUCUCAUCCAGCUUGUCCCGGGCAACUCGGCCGGCACCGUCACCACAUACUACACAUCGUCGGUUGGAGACAAGCACGACGAGAUCGACUUCGAGUUCCUGGGCAACGAGACCGGGCAGCCCUACACCAUCCACACCAACGUGUACGCCAACGGCGUCGGCGACAAGGAGAUGCAGUUCAAGCCGUGGUUCGACCCCACGGACGGCUACCACAACUACACCAUCUCCUGGACCCCCUGCAUGAUUGUGUGGUACAUCGACAGUACACCCAUCCGAGUGUUCCGCAACUACGAGAAGAGCAAUGGCGUGGCGUUCCCGACAAAGCGGCCAAUGUAUGGGUACUCGAGCAUAUGGGCCGCGGAGGAUUGGGCCACGCAGGGUGGCCGUGUGAAGGCCGAUUGGUCUAAGGCGCCUUUUGUUGCUAACUACCGUGGCCUCAAUGUCAACGUAUGCGCGUGCUCAACCUCUACAGACUGUGCUACCCAAUGUGCAUCAGCUUAUAGUAGUGGGUCGUCAACAUGCCAAUUAAGCGACUCGGAGCUUGCACAAAUGCGGAAGGUGCAGGAUGACUACAGGAUCUACAACUAUUGUGUUGAUUCCAAGAGGUACAAAGGUUCUGCACCACUUGAGUGUGGCUUACCACAGUACUAAUUGAACCUUCUACCAAAAAACCUUGCGCAACGACUAUGAUGAUGUUUUUUUUAUGGAUUUUAAGAUAUAUUCUAUGAUUCUUUCUUAUCUUGCAUUUUCCCUUGACAAGCCUAUACUUGUAUAUUUG